ACCUUCACGACGAUCGAAGCCAUAAUUUAUGGGGCCGGUGCAUAUGGGUAUAUGUGCAUGACUGACGUACGUACGUACGUACGUCUGCAAGAUCCUGUGUUGCACUUAUGCAUGCGCAUUCAUUGUAUACAGUAUAGCUCGAGCGAGUCAACGGUGCAGGUGUAAUUGUUUCGGUGUUUAUUAUAGAAAGAGAUCUGGAAGCUGCGUAAUUUGUAGUUUUCUUGUAUUGGCUUCCCUUGUAUUAUUUGUAGAUGAGGACCUCGUGUGCUAUCAACAUGGAGACAUCAUCUUGUUCUGGAUUAUAACGAAGAAUUUGAACUGAACUUCGUCUUCGUAUUUAAUUACACACGGCAACAUGAAUCACAUCAGUGCAAGAUGACUUGAUACUGUUAAAUGUGUGUGAAGCAUUUGAAAUCAUGGAAGGAAGUUAACCACAAACAUUGCAUGAAGGUGUCAGUGUGGGACUACACUAGAAUCCUGCCUGUCACCCACAACCUGGCAUCAUGCAGCCUAUGACUUUAUGCACUACAUGUCAUGGCAGGAACAUUGUGUUAGAGGAUGACCACACAGCCACACGCUCCGGCGGCUCCAGCAAUGGGAUCGUGUUCAGUGCGCAGCCUCAUCCCAUCGGAGAGAAGGUUACGAUGGAGAUCCGAGCGGUUGGUGGCUCCUGGCCAGGGGCUCUCCGCUAUGGCUUCACCAACAAGUCUCCAGAGACACUUAAUGCCGACCAACUCCCUCCAUUUGUGAUGCCACAUCUAUCCUCACAACCAGGCUAUUGGGCCAGGGGGUUGCACUCCCGGCAUAACCAGGAGGGCAAUAUACUCUCGUUUUAUUUGACCAGAGAUAGAGAGGUGUAUUCUUUUGUGAACAAUGAGAACAUUACCACAGACAAACUAUCUCCUCAGGACGUUAAUGUGAACAUGCCUGUGUGGGUCAUCCUAGAUGUUUAUGGCACUACUACUAGUAUUACAAUCAGAGGAGAAGGUGGAGCUCCAUCUGAGAUCCUAUCCCGGGGUCCAGAUGCUAUGGAGGCCUUCAAGCAAGCAGCAACAAACGGGACCAAGCCUAUAUUCAGGACCAGACUCAUGCUUGUGGGCCACGACCAAGUUGGCAAGACUAGCCUGAAGCGCUCACUUAUGGGCCAAAGUUACAACUCUGAAGAGGUCAGCACGGAUGGGAUCGAUACAAAGGAUACAUGUGAAAUCAAUACACAGAAUGCAUCAGGAUGGAGGAUACAAACAGGGCUACAAGAUGAAACAUCAAAAAACACUCUUGAUGAGUUAUCAAGUCUUCAGGACAGCUACACACAGGCAUUGGCUCUCAAUAUAGCCAGGGUCCUGUGGAAGAAAAAGGUGUCCCAGGAAGAAAAGGUCAAGAGGUCAAGUCCCGUUAUCUUGCCGGAAGAUUCAUCUCAGAGCAAAGAAGAUUCUAAAGAUGAUGUGUGGAUCACUAGUGCUACCGAUAGCAGCAGUGAUAAUGCCACUGAUGAUCAGACUGAUGUUGAGGCUGAGCAGCUUGAGGAUCUGGCCAAGUCACUGGAUGAAGUGACCUUUAACCUUGUGACCUCCCAGGUUGAAAGACUUCUCAAGGAAGCAGAGGAUGGCAAGACUGAUCUUCUUGAAGACAUGGAAACACAUCAAGAUGAAUCCAAGAAAACUAUCUUAAAUAUAUGGGACUUUGCUGGACAAUCAGUCUAUUACACUACCCAUCAGGUCUUUCUUUCAUCUAGAGCAGUUUAUAUUUUAGUUUUCAAUCUAACUCAUGAUCUUGAUGGUUCAGCACAGACACAGAUACGAAGAGGAGACGAUGCAUUGGAAUACACAGAGAGUGAAUUCAGCAACCUUGAUUUUAUGGAUUAUUGGAUGCACUCAAUCCAUGCACAUACAGCUGAGAAUAGGAAGAAUGCAUUGGAUAAUACUAUGCUAGCUCCUCCUAUCAUUGUGGUUGGAACACACAGGGCUAGCCUUGGCACAGACCUAGUAGAACAAGCUAGGAUGGUUGAAGAGAAGUUUGUACGGAUACGACAGAGUCUUGUUGGCAAGCCAUAUUAUCCUCACAUCAUUCCUACAUUUUAUGCAGUGGAGAAUAACAUUGAUGAUGGAGAUGAUGAACAGGUUGUAAAGCUUCGUAAGCAUGUAGAAGAUAUUGCCAGGCAAGAGCCUUACAUGGGAGAACAUAUACCCCUGAAGUGGAUACGAUUCCAGCAGAAGAUAGCAGACUUGGUUUCUCAGGGUAUUAACUACAUGUCAUUAGAUAAUAUGAGCGAGGUUGGAUCCUCCGUAGGAAUCAGUUCUGAAGCUGGCCUUCAGACAAUGCUUCAGUUCUAUCAUGAUCUUGGGGUCAUCAUCUAUUACGGUGGAACUGGGGCUACGGAUACAUCCCUGAGGAAUACAGUCAUACUCAAUCCACAGUGGUUGGUUGAUAUCUUUGGAAGGAUCAUCGCUGUCAAGGAUGUCAAUGAUAAGUUACUGGUGGAUGCUUGGACUAAGCUUGAUGAGUAUGGUAUUCUACAAGACCAACUUCUGGACCAUAUGUGGCAUGAUGUGAUAGACCAGAAGCAAGUCCUGGUGGGUCUCAUGGAAAAGUUUGAUCUGUUAUGCGAACGGCAGACUACAAGUGAGGUACCAAGUCUAGAUGAGCCAUCCCAAGCUGUUUUAGGAGAGAGAAGUUACUAUGUGCCUUCAAGAUUACGUGAAUGUCCAGAUCAAGAGGAUCUAAUGGCUGAAACUAAUGCAUCUGUGGCCUUCUAUAUUACUUUCAAUGGCUUUCUUCCUGAUGGUCUGUUCCAUCGCAUCUUGACGCGAGCGGUCCGCUGGAGCCAGGAGCAGGGCGGUAGGGAGCCUCGUCUAUUCUUCAGACAAGCUCGCUUUUUCCUCAAUACUGAACAUGAUGCACUUCUUGAGAUGGCACCUGCUAGGCUAGCCAGAAUUAAGGUCAUGGUGUUAAGUGUUGAUAUAUACGAUGCUGAAGAUCAGAGAACAGAUGUAGCUAAACAAGAGCAGGCCAACCAGGAAGCAUGUGCUAAGGUUCGUCACUUCUUGGACAGUACUCUGGCAGACCUUCGGCAGAUGUGCAUGAAGAGAGUACGUUACCAUCUUGUUGUUGCGUGCCCCUGCAACCGGCGCUGUCUGGCUCAUGGGAAACAAGCUUGCCAAGAGAACAAUUGCCUCCAUUUCUUAAACCUUGAAGAAUGCCUUACUAAGAAAGUUGUGAUGUGUGAGUCAAGACGGAUCAGAACCAAUGUCUUUCAGAAGUGGUUUCCUUCAGAGAAAGCAGCUCUCCCUGCCCCCUUGCCAGUCAAAGUGAGUACAACGGAUACCAUCAAAGAGGAGGAUGUGCCAUCAUGGGUUCGUGUAGCAGCUAAACUACUCAACUCGGGAGCAGAGAAUGCAGACUGGCUUUCAUUAGCCUAUAGGCUUGGAUACAAGAAGACCAAGAUACAGAAGCUUACUGAGGAUGAACCAAACCCUGCAUUAUGCAUCCUAAUUGACUGGUUCCAAACCAGCGGCAAUACAGCUCUAUCCGUUGAGAUGCUUCUCUCAUACCUAGAGCAGAUGAAGAGGGAUGAUGUCAUUGAGGUCAUUCAGAAAGGUCAAGAUGUGAAUAAGGCGCCCCCUACAGUCUUCAUUAGUUACAACUGGGAUAUUCAGGAAGAUGUGAGGAAUUUAAGAGAUUACUUAGAACGGACUGGUUUUCCUUGCUGGAUGGACAUCGGUCAGAUGGGAGGAGGUGACCAACUCUACAAUAAGAUCUAUGAAGGCAUUCACAGUGCAAAGGUGUUCGUGUGCUGCAUCACGCCUCAUUACAUCAUCUCAGAGAGUUGUAAUCGAGAGUUAAGCCUGGCUGAUCAGCUCAAGAAACCGAUCAUACCUAUCAUCUUUAAGAAGGUUCCUUGGCCACCUCCUGGGGGUAUGGCCCUCAUUGUAUCUCAGCUCAUCUAUGUUACCUUUGAUGGGGUUGGAGGUCAUGGAGGGUCAGGGGUCAAGGCUGAUAAGGAGAUGAAAUACCAGGAUGUGAUCCAUCAAAUCACCCGCUACACCAAACCCAUCCAGGUGGAACCAGCAGUUAAGAUCGAAGACUCUGCCGUUGAGAUCAUCGCAACCAACAACUCCAGGUCAGGUGACUCUACAACCCCUCAGAGUCUACGUAGCCCAAGCAGAGGGGAGUCCCUUCGUACCCAGAGUAGUCUUGGGAGAGCUAGCCUUGGUGGAGGUGCAGGAGGGCAGAGACAAGCUCAACAGGUAGCAGUUACCAAGUGUACAAUCUGUGCCAUCCUUUGAGAACACUGAUCAAGCAGGUCUGACGUACACAAUGACUGGCGUGAUAGCCUUUGUCUUCAAAUUGACUACUCUAGUUUCUUGCUUUGCUCUAAAUUUCCCUCUUAUAUCUGAAGAGGAUUUUAUGCAAUGUCAAUGCUAUAAAUUUAAACAUAGAUUCUUCUUGGGGAGAAAAGAUUUAAGCCUUCAGUCGUCCUGCAUCAAAUGCUUGAUAACAAAGAGAGUAAAAACACUUAAACUAUUUUUUUAUAUCUUUAGUUUUCUUCCAUUCUGGAGACAUUUAUUGGUAUUGGUGGUGAUUUUUUACCUGAUUGCUAAGAAAGCAUGAAUGCUUGUAAGCAAGCAACCAGAGGACCGACAGCUUAAGGUCCUCUCCGAAGGACCUGGUACUGAGGAUUAAUGCCUUACCAAAGGGCACUAGCGCACCAAGUGGGAAUCGAACCCGGGUCACCGGAAUGCGAGUCCCCCGCUCUACCGACUGAGCUAUCGCGCCUCCCUAAAUAACAACAAAUUCAAUUUAGUUACAAAUUAAGGUUUGUGAAUCAUUUGACUAAGAUUAGUGUACUUUUGGCAGCAAUGUCCAAAUGAAUUGGAUAUAUAGAGACUUAGAGUGGAACAAAAAUAUGAUAUGUCAUACUAAAUGACAUUUUACAUGUUAACACUAAAUAGUUUGGGCUAUUUAAGGAGAUCAUACUACUGAGAGGUUCCACUUGAGUUUGCAGCAAAAGUCUCCCCCAUAUUUCCUGUGUAUUUUCUUGUUUAUUGAAUUCAUCAUGUAUUUCUUUGCAUUUGGACCUUGAUAUUUUAUGGCUACACUUUUGUAGUAAUGAAAACCUUUUUAUCAAUAAAUUUUGUUUAUUAAUGACAAAAGUAAUCGUGCAUUCCCUACAUUUGUAUUGAAAACACAGUUUUACCUUUAUUGAAAUUUUACACAAAAUUAUGUUUUUGAGUCAUUUUUGGUUUCACGUGCAGAUAAACUGCAUACCUUGGCUUUUCAAAUUUGGUGUCAAAUGUUGUGCAAGACUUUCAAGGAAAAGUCAGGAGAUGUUGCAAAUUUUUUACAGUUUAAACUUAUUGUGCAAAACACUAAGGAGUGUGAGAGCCCCUCCUCAGCCUAAUUGGGUUUAAAGACAUUUGAUUAUUAGAUUAUCAGAUUUAUAUUCAGUAUGAUUGUGAGGAAAUCAUGUGAACCCUAAUGUAAUUUGUGUUAAAUUCUGAAAGAAAGAUUUAUGUGUAAUAGGAUUCUAAUCAACUCGCCGUCCAAUGAAAUAGGCUAGUGAAAAUUCUGUAAAUAGUUCAGUCAUUUUCUGCUAUUUAUUGUCAAUAUAUUUCUAUCGUACUGAAAUGCAGUGUAUAAAAUCAGAGUGAUAUUUUGAAGUGAUUUAGAAAUGAUUUAAUGGGGAAUGUACAUUUCCAAAUUAUUUGUGCCUAUCUUGUGAUAAUUGGGAUAUAUUCAUACAGAAUGUACUAUUUAGUGGGUUUUUAUUCUAUUCACUUGUCUAAAUGUGCAAGUGGUAUGAAAGCAAGAGAUCAUUUUCUAGAAGGAUUACAAAAUUAUAUUAUUAUGUGUGAUUUAAGUGUGAUAGAAUGACCUUGAGGCUUUGGAAUUCAUGAGAUUUGUAGUUUUCUGUUUGUCUUUAUCAUGCUAUGACAGGCCUACAUACCAUCACCCUGAUCCAUAGUCAAUUUUAAAGUGUUCAUUUGGUACACAAAAAUCUAUGUGCUUUGUAUAGUAUAGCAUGGGGAAAAGAAAUGGUUUUGAUGCUAAAUAAUCCUGUAAUAAUAAUAUGGACCGUUUAAAUAUAGCACAGUUACUACUCUACUGUUCUUGACACUUGGUAUCGUAUUAUUACCCUGGCUGUAGCCAAGCCACCACAUACAGGAGUAGGCGCUCAAGCAUUUGAGGAAUUUCUUCCUACCGGGUACCCAUUCAUCUCAAUUGGGUUGAGUAUGGCACAGUGUGGUAAUUUUCUUGCUGAAGGAAAGCACACCAUGGCUGGGAAUUGAACCCACAUCCCCCAGAUUGAAAGACUAGUGUCAUAAGACCACGACGCCCCCUCUCAUGCUUUGUUGUGAUCCAGCCAUCCUUAUGUUUAGGAAUGCCAGUAUAAAGUUGGAGAAUGAUGGUAGAUUACAGCAUGGAUUAUUGUUUUGGCUGGGGUAAAGUAAUGGUUUUUGGUGGAAUACAAUAGUCACAUCCUGUCAUUAAUUGAUCCAACAGGAUCUCAUCCAGAAGAGGUUUUACUGAUAGGUAGUGUAAAUAGACCAUCCGCUGUUUAUGCUGGUAAUCCGUCUUGUGUUCCUAGCUACCAUCCAUCAUUAUCCUUCUCUAGACUACCCCAACAACUACUUUUCAAUGCUAUACAAUAAAAGUCCACAGAUAGCAAAUGAUCACUUUUUAAAUAGUUAAAUGACUAUGGGUAAGGUUUGCAGUACUAUUUGCAGAUGAUUUGUAGUUGCAUUUGCUAUAAAGAUUAUCUAGAAGUGAAAUGUGAUUUUGAAUAGUUUAAAGGUCAGGUAGAGCAUUUAAAAUUUGUAUUUGAUAUAGAAAUGAAUUAAAGUUUUGCCAUGUUUGAAGUUAGAAAGUCCAUGUAGUGCAAUACUGUUUGAGUUUUACGUCUGUUUAUAUGUCCUUUAUCUUGUUUUCAUUUCUUAUAUAAUUGAAUGCUUUCCACCUUGUUCCAUAUUUCUUGAUUUUCUUAAGUGAGUGAUUUCAAAAUGUAGUUUGUAUUCAGUCAACAUAGUUUAUGGUAGUAAUAUUAAGAUUAGUAUUAUUAUGCAUAUGAGAGCCUGCUAGUCAUUAAUGCACUUUUCCUGCAAAUCUGUUUUAAAAGAGCCAUUAGGGGAAAAACGAUAUGCAGUAUCAGUCAUUUCCAAGGAAGGUAUUCAUAUAGGCUACUACUAGUAAACUAAAACAAAAAAGUAUAACCAAAUGCAAUUACAGAUAUAAACAGAUACAUUAAGCACUUGUGUAGUUAUUGGUACUUAAUACACAUCUUUUUCAUUGGACUUUUAAUAUUUGUGUGAAAGACUACCAUCCCUUUUUACUCAAGCACAGUUGCCCCUUUCAUGUGUAUUUCCAAUCUAUUGUACAGAAAGUGCCUAUCUGUUUCAUGUAUAUAUCCAUCAUACAAUGCUUUCAUAUUUUUUGAAAGAAAAUACUUAUACAUAUUUAUGGAUUACAGAUCCUUUGACUAUUCUUUGCAGAAGUUUUACUGAUUUUUUUUU